AUGUCCCCUUUUGAUGGCUGGGGAACGCUCGCAGCCUUUCUUGUCCUGCUCUGCUGCCGAGGGUCUGGUGAGGAGGAGUUCGAGGUACCCAAAGGGCCAAAGCACCGGAUGGUGGGGUCUGGAGAGUUUCAGGUGAUUAAUUGUACUGCCAGUUGUACGGACCCCAAGAAACUUGUUCUGGAGACAGCCCUACACAAGACUCUCCUGGAGGGCCAGGCUCAGUGGAAGUUGUUCAAGGUCGUCAACAUCUCCGAGAACGUGGAGCUCAUGUGCAGUUUCACCUACGGCGGCAGGCAGGAGACGAAAGUUUUCAACAUCACCGUGUUCUACCCUCCAAAGCAAGUGCUGCUGACAUUGUGGCCCACCUCAGUGGCCGUAGGGACACUGUUCACCAUCGAGUGCAGGGUUCCCGCCGUGGCGCCCCUCGAAGGCCUCACUGUCACCCUGCUCCGUGGUACUGAGAUCUUGUACAAUCACACCUUUGUGGGGACAGCACCUUCCCCCCAAGAUGCCUUGGUCAGCCAUAACACCACAGCUCACAGGGAAGACGGCCACCAUAACUUCUCAUGCGAGGCCCAAAUGGACCUGCGCUCUCGCGGUGGUGGCCUCGUCCACAGAGUCUCAGAUCCCCAGAGACUUGAAGUCAAAGAGCCCGAGCCCAACACCCAGAUGGUGAUCAUCAUCGCGGUCGUGAUAGUGCUGCUGCUCGUGUUUGUGACAUUCGUCUUCCUGUGCUUUGUCUUCAGCCAGAAGUGGCACCGGGGGCGGACAGGUUAUUACCCUGUGCAUGACCGUUGGAGGAGGCUGAUAGGGAGCCACCGGGCACAGACCCUGUGA